GACUCUCACAACGUCACCUCUAUGUUAUGCCGCGAGUCGACCAUCCUUCAAUCAUCAACCACGCCACCAAAUCAACAGUUCUUAUUUUGAAUUUGUGUCAUCAAAUUCUUCCGCUAUUGCUCUAUUUAUGGGCGAUAGAAAAUUGAAGGUUUUCGCGCCUUGAGAGCGUGGUCGCGCGAGCCUAAACAGCUCCUACAGCCAUCAUGCCCGACAUCGAUCCAGCGGCCUUGAGUCGCUCUAGUGUGACGAACAAGAGUCCAACUCCUGUUCUACCUAACAAAUCACUUACUGCGACAACGCCGGUACAAAAAUCUGCAAAAUUCAAUCAUGUUCCGCCGCGCAUCGACCUUGAGCCGUUGUAUACGGCAGUCAAGUCUGCCAUUGGCGAGAAUUUUGGGAUAUACAAAGAUUCAAUUGGCUUGUUUCUUAUGGGGCAUAUGAACCAAAUUGAACUUUCAUCCCGAAUUGAUCAUUUUCUCAUAACAAAUACUGGCGAAAUCGAACAUCUUCACAAUCAACUGAUAUCUGCCAUUUAUGCGAACACAACUCGUGAAAUGCCUGACCAGGGCGUGGCGAGCUGGGUCAGUGCAAAUGAUAAACCUACAACAGGAGCUGGGAGCAAGCCGGUGAGCGGCGAUGCUGCAGAACAAAGACUUAAGACAGAAGUUAUGCAACUGCCGAGUCGUGAUAGAAGAAGGUUGAAGGAUCUUUCUCAAAAUGAUUUCGACCCAUUCGAUGCAUUUGCGACAAUGCUGACUGAGCAUCGCCGACCGAAACCUGCAAGACAGCCAGAGAUUGUGCCUGCUAGUGCCGGUGGUCUGAAUAAAACUAAUUGGGAUCUGGAAAUCCGGAAAAGAUAUGCUUUACCUCUAGCCUCGGAAUCAGGAGAGUUUCCUGACAUGACAACUAUCGAAUCGCGAAUGCUUCCCAUAUGCUACGAAACAGGAUUGGUCAAUGGUCAUGUCCAAGAUGCGGCUCAAUUUAUGUCUGUGGCAACAGAAACUUUUAUUAAAGAGGUCUUAUCAUCAAUAUUCAGUAAAACGAGAAGCAACGGGCCUGGAUCUACGGGGAGUGCUGGAACCGGUGGGGGCUCCUCUUGGGUACAAACGCACAAGUACCGAAGGCAGCUAGAAAGAGAGGAAGAGUCCUCGUUGCGCAACGAAGUCCUUCGGGAUAAAAACGGCUUAUUACCCACUGAAGCCCGCGCAGCAAGUGAACGAGGCCCCCUAGGUAUGGCCGAUGUACGGACCGCACUUGAGAUUUCCGAUUGUGGUUUAGGGCAAAUGCCAGUUGUUGUCCAGCAAAUUAUGUUCGGUUACCAAGAAGGCGAGCUAGAAGACUGGAACGCAUUCACACAACUUGGGCCUCAAGGAAGAAUCAUUGCUGAAGAUGAAGAUGGCGACAUCGAAAUGACUGGUCUCGAGGUCAACGGUUUGACUAAUGGCGUCAACGGGCACGCGAUAGAUGAGCCUAUGAGUGAUGUCGAAGAUUGGGGGUGGGAAGGGGCUGAAUAUCAAGAUCGAGCUGCAUUGGAUAUGGUGCUAGAUUCAUGUCUAGCAAUUGGAGCUUAAUGCGUAAUGUUACCUGCGGCUGGGUACGGAGUUUGCAUCGGGUGUUUCAAAGGCGUUAAUAACCCACAUGAGGGUAGUGGUGCAACAUUGGCGCAACGGAUAUUGGUUGUUUUUAUGUACCAGAAUAUUGUAUAAAAUGAUCAUAAAAGGGAUGGCAGAGACGAAGGGCGCUUUGGGCACGGUUGGGUAUAGGGGAAUUCUGUACACGAUGAUACCCAUGAACUGGCCAGGUAGGCCACUCGUUCAUAGUACUUGAAAGAAGAAAGAAGCUAAGCAAUAGAGUGUAAAAAUUCAAUUAUAUAACAGCAAAUAAUCUCAACAUAUCGUAAUUAAUCAUGCUAAUAAGUACAGUCUCUUCA